AUGGUAAGUCUUAACGAAAAAAGAUCUAAAGUUCAAUAUGUUGUACAAAACAAAACUGAAUGGGUUGAUGAUGACAAUAAAUUUGGUAAAAGAAUGUUGGAAAAAAUGGGUUGGAAAUCUGGCGUUGGAUUAGGAAAAAAUGAAAAUGGAAGAACUGAACAUAUUGACUUAAAAUUUAAAUCAAAUUUAAAAGGAGUUGGUUUCAUCAAUGGAAAAUAUGAUUCAACAUGGAUUGCACAUUCACAAUCUUUUGAUUCACUUUUACAACAACUUCAACAAGCACAUUCACCAUCUGCUUCGUCUUCGUCAUCUGCAAUUCAUAAUUUUCAUCAAACUGUUCAACAAACAAAAACAAGAUUUACUUAUAAAAAGCAAUCAAGUGGAAAAGAUUUAAGUUCAAGAUCAAAUGAUGAACUUGAUUGUAUUUUUGGUUGGAAUAAAGGAAAUCAAUUGAAAAUUGAUCAAAUUAAACAAGAUUCCAGUUUAGAUAUGAAAAGUGAAAUCAUAUCAGAUAAUCUUUAUAAAACAAGUGAACAAUCAAUUGAAGAUUAUUUCAAAGAAAAAACAAAGAAAAAAGCUCAAAUUCAACAUGAGCAAUCUCAAUCUUUUAAUGACCCAACAAUUGAUUCAGUUAAUCAAAAUUCAUCGAAUGAAGAAAUUAAUGAACGAGUUGAAUCGGAAUUGGAAAAGAAUUUAAAAAAGAAAAGAAAUUAUUCAACAGUAGUAGAAUCAAUUGUUGAUUAUGAUCAAUCAGAAAUGCUUCCAAAAAAGAAGAAAAAAUCUGAUCAAUUAAAUAACGAUAUUGAAGAUCCAUAUAAAAAUUGCAAUUUAUCCGAAUUAAACGGUUAUCAAGGUUGGACUAUUGAUUCGUCAUUAGAAAAUAUAAUAAAAAAGAAAUUAAAACAAAAUAAACGCAGAAAAUAA